UAUAAUCAAAAUCUCUCACUCAAAAACCCCCCCAAUCUCCAGAGAGAGACUAAUAUACAUAUAUAUGUAUAAUAUGUUACCGACAUAAAUUGAUAUAGUAUUUAGACAUAUUUUUGGGUGUGUUUGAGCUUUGCUCUGAUUUGAUCAGAAAAUGGCUACAAGCAAGACGGAGAGCUACAACAAGUACAAGAUGUUCAAGUGCUUCAAGCGCAAGUUCAAGAUCACCGACGUGGGCCCACCUCCCGACGUCAGGGACGCCUUCACGACGUUCUCCGCCGGCGCAGAGCACUUGUCCGCCGAUCAGCUCCGCCGUUUCAUGGCGGAAAACCAGGGCGAGCCCGGCGUCACCGUUACCGAGGCGGAGGCGAUUAUCAGGGAGGUGCUGCGGAGGCGAAACGACGUCACUCAAGACAAAACGACAACGACGGCAACUGGGCUCAAGCUUGACGAUUUCUUCCAGCUUCUGUUUCUCGAUGAUUUCAAUGGUCCUUUCAAAUCCGAGGUACACCAUGAUAUGACUGCACCACUAUCCCAUUACUUCAUAUACACAGGGCACAAUUCCUACCUAACUGGGAAUCAACUCAGCAGUGAUUGUAGUGACGUCCCGAUUAUAACGGCAUUACAAAAAGGCGUUAGAGUCAUUGAGCUUGAUUUAUGGCCAUCUUCCAAAGAUGAGGUUAAUGUUCUUCAUGGAAGGACCUUAACCUCUCCUGUGCCACUCCUCAACUGUUUGAAGUCCAUAAAGGAAUAUGCUUUCUAUAAAUCUUCAUACCCGGUUAUUAUUACCCUAGAAGACCACCUUACUCCAGAUCUUCAGGCUAAAGUUGCAGAGAUGAUCACUCAAACAUUUGGAGACAUGUUGUAUUAUCCUCAAUCUGAGGGCCUGGCAGAAUUCCCUUCACCAGAAUCUUUGAAGCAUAGAAUUAUCAUUUCGACCAAACCACCAAAAGAGUUCCUCGAAUCAAAGAAUCUCAAGGACAAGGGAAAUAUCUUGCCUAAUGGAAAAGAAUCAUCUGAAGAAGAAACCUCAGUAAAGGAUGCACUAGACCUUAGAGUUGAAUUUGAAGCCGAUGAUCGGAGUGAUAGUGAUCAAGACGACGAGGACAACAAUGUGAGUGGUAGUAAACCAAGUCAGCCAGCGGCGCCUGAGUACAAACGCCUAAUUACAAUCCACGCUGGAAAACCAAAGGGUGGUCUGAAGGAUGCAUUGGCAGUUGUAGGUGACAAAGUUAGACGUCUCAGUUUGAAUGAGCAGGCGCUUGAAAAGGCUGCUUCUUCUCAUUCAACUGAGCUUGUGAGGUUCACUCAGAGGAAUGUUUUGAGAGUAUACCCCAAAGGGAUGCGAGUCACGUCCUCAAAUUACAAGCCAAAUAUUGGGUGGAUGUACGGAGUUCAAAUGGUUGCAUUUAACAUGCAGGGAUAUGGUAAAUCUCUCUGGUUAAUGCAUGGGAUGUUUAGAGCCAAUGGUGGUUGUGGUUAUGUGAAAAAGCCAGAGUUUCUAAUGCAAAAGGGUCCGAGAAAUGAGGUCUUUGAUCCUAAAAGAACUUUGCCGGUGAAAAAGACAUUAAAGGUGAAAGUAUACAUGGGGGACGGAUGGCGAUUGGAUUUUAGCCAAACACAUUUUGAUACCUACUCACCACCGGACUUCUACACAAAGGUUUACAUUGUUGGUGUACCUGCUGACUGUGCCAAGAACAAAACACGGAUAAUUGCAGAUGAUUGGGCACCUAUUUGGGACGAGGAAUUCACUUUUCCUUUGACCGUACCUGAGCUUGCCUUGCUUAGAAUUGAAGUGCGAGAAUAUGAUAGGUCCGAGAAGGAUGACUUUGGGGGGCAGACAUGUUUGCCUGUCUCCGACCUUAAACCGGGCAUCAGGGCAGUCCCACUUUAUGACAAAAAGGGCGAUAAACUCAAAUCUGUCAAGCUCUUAAUGCGCUUUCAAUUCCUAUAAAAAAAACUCAAGACGGUUUUUAAGUCAUCAUGGGGGACUGUUUAGC